CACCAUUCAUUUCUAACUCCUCUUUUGAGUCUUUCUCCUCUUUCUCUCUACAUAUAAAAAGAAAUAUCCCUAUUCUUUGAAAGGCUUCCCUGAGCAGCAAGUUGCAAAUUAUAGUCAAAAUAACAAAGAUAUAAAUGGCUGUAGAGAUUGUGCCCCGGCCUAGUGUACCGUUGUCGAACGUCGCGGUUUCCGACACUCAUGGAGAAGAUUCUCCUUAUUUUGCAGGAUGGAAAGCCUAUGAUGAAGACCCUUAUGAUGAAUCAUCCAAUCCAACUGGAGUCAUUCAGAUGGGAUUAGCAGAAAAUCAAGUUUCAUUUGAUUUGCUGGAAGAAUAUUUGGAGAAUCAUUCCCAAGAAACUAGCUGCUCUGGUAACAAAAUUUCCAGCUUCAGAGAAAAUGCAUUAUUUCAGGAUUACCAUGGUCUUCUAUCUUUCAGAAAGGUACAUACAUAUAUAUUCGGAAAAAAAACUGCAUGUCUCAUUUUAAUUAUUGCAUGAAUUCAGAAGUUAUAGGAAUUUGAUCAACAAAUAAAGUUGUAUGCUUUUCACCAAAUUCAGGCAAUGGCAAGCUUCAUGGAACAAAUAAGAGGUGGAAGAGCAAAAUUCAAUCCUGACAGAGUUGUUAUAACUGCCGGCGCCACCGCAGCUAAUGAACUUUUAACUUUCAUUCUGGCUAAUCCAGGGGAUGCUUUACUAGUCCCAACUCCAUAUUAUCCAGGAUUUGACAGAGAUUUGAGAUGGAGAACCGGAGUAAACAUUGUACCAGUCCAUUGUGACAGCUCAAACAAUUUCCAAAUUACAAUUGAAGCCUUAGAAGCAGCAUAUGCUUCUGCAGCAUCCAACAACAUCAAAGUAAAAGGCGUUCUCAUCACAAAUCCGUCAAAUCCAUUAGGGGCCACAAUUCAACGAUCUAUCUUGGAAGACAUUCUCGAUUUCGUCACCCGAAAAAACAUCCACCUCGUAUCCGACGAAAUCUACUCGGGAUCUUCCUUCUCCUCGGACGAAUUCGUGAGCAUUGCCGAGGUCCUGGAAGCCAGAAACUACAGAGACUCGGAAAGGGUUCACAUUGUUUACAGCCUCUCAAAGGAUUUAGGCCUCCCGGGUUUCCGGGUCGGGACCAUUUAUUCCUACAACGACAACGUUGUCACAACAGCAAGAAGGAUGUCGAGUUUCACUUUAAUUUCAUCACAGACACAACAGCUCUUAGCAUCCAUGUUGUCAGACAAGGGAUUCACGGAAAAUUACAUAAGGACUAAUCGAGAAAGGCUGAGAAAAAGGUACAAUAAGAUCAUCGACGGGUUGCGAAAAGCCGGUAUCGAAUGCUUACAAGGGAAUGCGGGGUUGUUUUGCUGGAUGAAUUUGAGUCCAUUGCUGGAAAAACCCACAAGAGAAUCUGAAUUGGCUCUUUGGAAAUCGAUUCUGUAUGAAGUGAAAUUGAAUAUUUCUCCAGGAUCUUCUUGCCAUUGUUCGGAGCCCGGAUGGUUUAGAGUCUGUUUUGCCAACAUGAGCGAGAAGACACUGGAAAUCGCUUUGCAAAGAAUACAGGAUUUCAUGGAAGCCAGGAAAAAGUGAAACAGCAGUAACUAAAGCUAGUUAAAUUAUUCUUUACUUUUUUACCAUUGACUUUUUAAUUUCUGUUUUUCAUUUUCUUUUUUCUUUUGUCCCGGGAUUUUUUUUUUUUUAAUUCUUUAGAUGUCAAGACUGUAAUCCCAGAAAUUGGGAUUUGUUGCCAUCGAUUGGAGGAGAUCCGAUCAAUACGUUGUAAAAAGUUUUGGCGUGUAUGGAAUUUUACUUCUUUUCCCGGGAUCAAAAGAAGAAAAAGAAAAAACAGUUUCGAAAUAAUUAAUGGAG